AUGCAAGUAAACAGAGUAGAGAGAGAGGAUGUUGUAGUGAUUUUAGUUUGGGACAAGUGUGACCCGGAGGAUGACUCUGUGGUGGGGAUGGAGCAGGGACAGAGUACGGCUGUGUGUGCGGCGGCUGCAGGAGGAGGAGGGGCGCGGGACUCCAGAGCGGUGCAGUGCGCGGCCUUCAACGAUCAGGAAUUCAUGGGUCGACUCUACAACUGGGAGCCUUUCACUGAGGCUGUUUCACCAGUGCAGAGGGUCAGGUCAGCCACGACACAGAGGCACACGACGGCUCUUCUCAAUGAAGAGUGA